CUUUCAGUCACUUGAAUAUAUGUCUCCCCCGUCCAUAGCUUUCAGUCACUUGAAUGGCAAGGUGGCCAUCGUGAUCGGUGCCUCCGAGGCCAUGGGCCGUGCCACUGCCCUCUACCUAGCCUCCCUAGGAGCCUUCAUCUCUAUAGACUUCUCUUCCGAGUCCAGCUCGCUAGAAGCCGAUGGUCUCGCUACAGAAAUAAAUUCUUCUUCCUUCUCCUCAGCUUCCAUCCCCCGCGCCAUCACCAUCCGCGCUGAUAUCUCCGAUCCUGAUGCUGUCCGAGCAAUAUUCGAUCUAACGGAACAAACCUUCAAAUCCCGCGCAUACAUUGUGUUCCACUCCGCCGGCAUCAUCGAUCCCAACUACUACUCCGUCUCCUCCACCCCUCUCGCUGUAUUCGACUCAAUCUCAAUCAAUCAAUCAAUCUACGCAAGUCCUUCUUGA